CUCUCUCUCUCUCUCUCUCUCUCUCUGUCUCUCUCUGUUUCCUGCGCGCGGUUGCGAUCGAAGCCAUGACGAUGGGGCCUGGGCUCUACUCCGAAAUCGGGAAGAAGGCCAGAGAUCUUCUCUACAAGGAUUACCAGACUGAUCAGAAGUUCACUCUCACAACCUGCACCCCUAAUGGAUUUGCUAUUACAGCUUCCGGGACAAAGAAAAGUGACCUAAUUUUUGGCGAGAUCCAAACUCAACUGAAGAACAAGUAUGUGACAGUUGAUGUCAAGGCAAACUCAGACUCUAGUCUUUUAACAACUGUUACCGCCAAUGAUGUCGCUACUCCUGGGUUGAAAACAAUCUGCAGUUUUGUUGUACCAGAUCAAAAGUCCGGAAAGGCUGAACUGCAGUACCUCCAUGAUUAUGCAGGAGUCAAUGCUGCUAUUGGGUUGACUCGGAACCCCCUACUGAACCUAUCUGGUGUUAUUGGAACUAAUACUUUUGCUACUGGCGUGGAUGUAGCAUUUGAUACCGCCACCGGGAAUUUCACCAAAUAUAACAGUGCAGUGAGUUUUACCAAUGUUGAUCUCAUUGCCUCCAUAGCCUUGAACAACAAUGGAGAUAGUCUGACUGCUUCAUAUUAUCAUUUGAUCAAUCCAUUGUUGAGCACCGCUGUUGGGGGUGAAAUUACCCACAGCUUCUCCAGCAAUGAGAACACUAUGACUUUUGGGACACAACAUGCACUGGACCCUCAGACUAUUGUUAAGGCGCGAAUUAAUAACUAUGGUAAGGCUAGUGCUCUCAUCCAGCAUGAGUGGAGGCCCAAAUCGCUCAUAACAUUGUCUGGGGAGGUGGACACUAAGUCAAUUGAGAAGGGCUCGAAGGUUGGUCUUUCCCUUGUGCUCAAACCCUAAUGGAAGAAGAUUUGGUUUUAGUGGAGGUGCACUUCUCUGAGUGCUAUUCAUAGAAUGCAAUUUUAAUUUGAACUGAAAAAAAAAAUUCAUUAUCAAAUUCUUUUUAGUCCUUGUUUUCUUCUUUACGUUACGGGAAAUGGCAGGUUUUGAAUUUCUGUCCGUAUGGAAAUAAUUAGGAUAAACUGUUGAAUCUGAUUACCUCCCAUAUGUUACACUUGCUGAUAUCUUUCACAUUUGUGAAUCUGCAUGUAGAGGAUUGGUAUCAACCUUGACUGCACUGAUUAUUUUAUUUUAGUUCAAUGUCUGCGGUA